AUGGCGAAACCAGUUGAUCAUCAAUAUCUCAUCUUUUUUGGACCUAACGCCAACUGCACGUUCGACAUAUGCACCGCCAGUGAAAGCGUCUACGGUUAUCGUCCAUCUCUCGCCGCAAACAUCACGUUUAUCGUGCUCUUCUCCGUUGCCAACCUUAUCCAUGUCGUUCAAGGUUUCCGAUGGACGACGUGGAGAUUCACAUGGUUGAUGAUACUCGGGUGCGCUCACGAGAUUACCGGCUAUAUUGCUCGCAUCAAGUUGUACUACAAUCCGUGGGCGUUUGUUCCGUUUCUAAUCCAAAUUAUCACAAUCACCCAAGCGCCAGUAUUCUAUUGUGCUGCCAUUUACAUCACACUAGGCCGAUGUAUUGCGCAUUUCGGCUCGGGAUUGGCCCGCUUCCCACCGAAAUACCUCUAUCGAAUCUUCCUUCCGUGCGACGUCGUCUCCCUCGUCCUACAGGGUGUGGGCGGCGCCAUGUCAGCUUCAUCCUCGGGGGACAGCAGAACAGGAGUCAACAUCGCAAUGGCAGGGCUAAUCUUCCAAGUUAUCACGCUUUUUGCCUUCUGUAGUCUGCUUGGCGACUUCUUUUUCCGCUUCAUACUUUCUAAAAAAGGGAAAAUGAUGACGAUACGGGAGAAAGUCUUCCUCGGUUUCAUCUCCCUGGCCACGUUGGCGAUACUAAUCCGAUGCAUUUUCCGCGCGCAUGAAUUAAAACAAGGUUAUCAUGGUGAGGCUGUUAGACGCGAGGAUCUUUUCAUUGGCCUUGAAGGAGUGCUCAUCGUUGUGUCCGUAUUUUCUCUCUGCGUUGGCCACCCGGGUCUCAUCUUCAAGGAUGACGGGAUGAAAUACAGGACCGUGGAUGGUAUCGAGCCACCGGGCGAGAGCGGCGAAUUGUUGAAAGACAUGAGAACUGAGUAUAACGGAGGUCGAACAACGAAAACUUCAGUGUGA